ACGGAGCCUAGAACAGAUGUGACAGAGCUAAUUCUGCUAAAGCACACUGCAUAACAUCAGGCACAGCUCAGUCCAUGCCUAUGGAUCAAGAUCUGGGUGAUGUUAUCACGGGCACCCCUACUCACAGGAGCCAAGCAUCUGAACCCUGAGCCCUGGACAUCCUCCACGCUCCUCAGGCUGAGCUGAAGAUCCCUCUUAUUCCUCGGGCAACAAGGACCAUGAACAGGCAGGGCAAUGGAAGGACGACAAAAGAAGGAACCCGUGAUUUGAAAUUCCAGAACUUCGCUCUGCCGAAAAAUAGGUCAUGGACUCGCCUCGGUGGUGGUGCCCCAGGUCAGUCCCGGACUAUGAACGAGCCUCUUCGUGAUGACGAAAGGACCUUUGGGACAGUCCUGGAUGGAGUGAGAGGCCACAGAGACGACGCCUAUGAAGACCCUGAGCUUCACGUGGUAGACAUAUGGCCAUCAUCAAAACUACUACCAGCCAGGCCCAUAAAGGAUUCUGAAUACGCAGAUACACGCUAUUUCUCGGGUGCAGUGCAUCCUUCCACCCUGUUACACGCCAAGACCUCCAUCCCCACGGAGGGGCAAGCCUGGAACCCACAGACAGGACUGGAAGAAGUGAUAGUACACGGAGAGCUCAGGGCAGUCAAGAGACAUCUCUGUAAAGACAGGGACUAUGUUAGCCCCAGCCACUGCUCCUUUGUACAUAUAAGGCUCUCAACAGAAAUUAGAGAAACAGGUCAACAAACCUGUUUCCAAGGACACCAGAAGCCAUCCCCUAAAAGGAGACAGAGCCAUGAAGGUGAACAAGGUAGGAGCAGCAUCAUCACACACCUGUUACCUUUACCCCUCAAGUACAAAUGUGACAACACGGGGCUCAGGUGUCACUUGGAAAACACGUCCUGGAAGUUUGGUCAUGACUCCUUUACUGCCUCCUCGUCUCUGCCAUGUUCUUCACACAGGCCCCCCGCCAUUCUUCCCAAGAAGUACCAGCCCCUGCCCCCCGAGCCAGAGAAUCUCAGACCUUGCUCUCGACCACACACCUUUCCUGACGCCCAGCGAGAGCCCAGACAAAUAAGUUUGAAGGACUUGAGUCAGGCCCUUGAAGCAGAAAAACACUAUUCACUCCCUUACACAGCACCCCACCACCAGGCGACACCUGAACCAUCUCUGCUGACACAAAACCAAGCUAUUCAAGAGAUCCCCCUUGGGGUUCCCAGCUCUUCAUUCAUGGUGAGCAGCCAUGGUGUGCAAAACAGAGAUCGUACGGGCAGCUUGCCCUCUUCCAUUCAGAGAUGCCAGUCCUCAGCCAGCUACCAUCCCCGGGAGAACGGGCCGCCCUGUGAACCCUGGAGCCGUAGAAAACCCUGCCCCACGGUGUCUGAGCAAAAGGAUGUGCAGCACAGCGAGUGGUACAUUGGACAAUACGGUCGCCAGGCAGUAGAAGAGGCACUAAUGAAGGAGAGGAAGGAUGGCACUUUCCUGGUCCGAGAUUGCUCCAAAAAAUCGAAGGCAGAGCCCUACGUUUUGGUGGUGUUUUAUGGGAACAAAGUCUACAACGUGAAAAUCCGCUUCCUGGAGAGGAAUCAGCAGUUCGCCCUGGGCACAGGCCUCAGAGGAGAUGAGAGAUUUGAUUCCGUGGAAGACAUCAUCCAGUACUACAAGUCUUUUCCUAUCAUACUAAUUGAUGGGAAAGACAAAACUGGAGUGCACAAGGAACAGUGCUGCCUGACCCGGCCACUCCCUCUCAGCAGGCACUUCUCACCUUGGUAG